GGUUAUUAUGGCCGCUGCCGCCACCGCCACGUCUCCGGCUGAUAAGGAGAGAUUUAUCUGCAUUUAUCCAGCAUAUUUGAAUAACAAGAAGACAAUAGCAGAAGGAAGAAGGAUACCUAUAGACAAAGCUGUUGAAAAUCCCACAUCUACGGAAAUCCAGGAUGUAUGUGCAGCAGUUGGAUUCAAUGUGCUAUUAGAGAAAAAUAAGAUGUAUCCUAGGGAGUGGAACAGAGACAUGCAGUACAGAGGUAGAGUACGAAUCCAGCUCAAACAAGAUGAUGGCAACCCAUGUUUACCUCAGUUUCCAACACGUAAAUCAGUGAUGCUGUAUGCUGCAGAAACCAUUCCCAAACUGAAAACAAGAACCCAGAAGAUGGGAGGUAGCGAUCAAAGUCUUCAGCAAGGAGAGGGAGGCAAGAAAGGUAAAGGGAAGAAAAAGAAAUGAGCUGACAUCUGGAAUAAUUGUUACAUCACAUUGUACUUAAGACAAAUCUGGGUGGACACAUUACUUGCUGCAACUUUGAAGUGAAAGAUACAAGCAAGAAAUAAACAGGUGAAGCUGAAUAGAACUGCUGCUUUUCUCAGAACUGGAACGCAUGUAGCUGCCUCGCAUCUGUGUAACAAUAAAUCUGUCUUCACACACAACCUGCAAGUCUAAAGCUAGCAUCCACUUUUAAUAGUGGAAGAACAUAAGGAAAUGGGGUGGGUGGGAGAAUUAUUCUUUCCAGAAGAAAUAUGCAGCUUUUGAUAAAUAAAUAAAUAAAUAUUCUUAUGCAGACUAGAUAUCUCAAAACUGGUUGCCUUAGUAAACCAUUUAUCUAUGCUAGCGAAGUGAUUGUUGUAAUUCUGGAGGGUCUUUGUCACUAACAGAAAAACGUAAAUCAAUGAAGUUAUAGCUCUGUAAACUUCCCUUGCUAAUAAUCUUUCACAACUGUCAAGUGUACUAAUAAAUGACAUGUUAAUUUUAAAAAAUGUAAUUUUAUAGAAUACUUUUUCCAAAAGUCUUGAUUUUUCCUCCACAGCCUGUUGUAAAGAAGUCAGUGACAUAUAUUGUAAGGAUAAUAUUGUGAGGUUUUAAGAUAACUUGAAAAAAAAAUAGCUCCCUUUUGGGUCUUGUAUAAUAUGAGGUACUAUAUUAUCCUGUUUUGGGUGGUUGUUUGAGAGGUUAGGAAAUGUAGCUUUAUUUUGUACCUGUCAAAUACUAUUUCAGAUGUCUGAGGCUUGCAAUACUGGGUAACUUAAAAUAUUUAUUUUUUGUUAUGUAGUCCACAGGCAGGGACAGAAAGUUACUUGGAGAAGAUGAGUUGGUCAGAACAGCUGUCCAGUAGCAAGGCUCCUUUAAAUUAAUUAAGAAAUGUACUGUGCGUGUUAAAUGGGGGAUAGUUUAGUAUAAGGAGACUGAAAAAGAAGCAGCAGUACCUGUUUUGAGUUUAAAAAAAAAAAUCCUGCAUGAGUUUUCUAAUCCUUACUAUAAGAAAACAAAGUCAGUUGAAUGCUUUCACAGAUGACUACUGAAAGCGAGUUAUCAGAUUAUUUUUGAUAAAUUUUUCAUGUGGCAAUAUCCUCUUUUAGGAUUUGUCUUGUUUGUCUGUCAGGUGUGCUAUUCUGUGGCAUCACCUUUUCCCCAUUUUAAAGAUAAACAGCAUUCAAAAUGUAUCUAGACAUUUCAUGACUAUCCUAAAGAGACGAAACUCAGUAAAGUUCUUGAUGGUAUCCCUGCUCAAGCUACUUGUGCUUGUAGUUUGAGUUUUCUUAUGUUCUCAUAUUUCUUGUUCCACUCAGCUGCAUCUUGUUCCAGUAGGUGGUGAGUUACCAGUGCCCCUUGAAGUCGAUGCCGAUAGGUACCGAUAGUGCAACUGCGUAGAGCCCCCGACUUGUGAAUAGUUCAAAGUCAAUUGUAUUUCCUGUCUGUAAUACUUUGUAAGUGUGGUUCUUGUGUUGCAUUGUUUAACAGAGGAGGAGGAGGAUGCGUUCUCAUUCUCACUGCAGUUAUACCAAAUCCAAAAGCUGCCAUGACAAAGUUCCUCAGGCCAAGCCCUGUACCAGUGUGAGAGUAGCAGUAUGUAGGCUCUUUAAAAUAGAAUGGCUUAGGAGAAGAAAUCCUGUGUUCCAAGGCUGUAAUUGACCAUGGUCGUGUACAAAUGUCUGCAGGUUUUUUUCUGCUGAUGUGACAGUUUACACAAGCUACCUUUGGAGUGUCUGGCCUUGAAAACACACCUAAGUUUUGAGAAGUUAGGUAAAUGGUAUCUCUGUGAGUUGAUGGAAUGCCAUGGGGUAGGAACAGUGGGAACAGGUGCUAUCUGAAAAGGUUUUUUUUUUGUUAAAGAAAACAACUGGGCAUGGUCAGAGGUUGUUAGUUUUGUCCACUCUAUAGAGUUAGGGAAGUGCUGCAGGUUAGUUGUAACAUGGGGAAAAAUACCAGGUGAGGUAUGCAAGCAAGAGUGGAAGAUACACUUGUGAUAUAAAAGUCCAUAACUGCCCCUGGAUUGUGGGGCUCAAGUUAUUCCUGGCUUUUCCUGAGUGCUGAGUAACUUUCUGAAACUUUUAUUUAAAGUGAGAGCUCUGUGAAAAUUCAUUGGUACAAGAUAACUCAGCUCCACGAUGUUAAGUGGAGGGGAAUGACUCCAGCCAAGUCAUCAGCAUGUUAUGCCGAAGUAUUGUAAGUCAGAGCUUUAGACUACGGACAGCUGAAAAAUGUGGAGGUUAAGUCUCAUGGGAUAUCUGUUUACAGUAGCCAGAAAUUAAGUAUCUUAAGAACUUGUCUGUGCUAUGGUAUGUAUGUUGAGAAAGAAUCUUAGUGGCAUCGCAUACCAAAAUUUCCCAAUCAAAGAACCCAAAAUAGUAAAGCUAUUCUAAAGUGUAAGGAUCUUACAAAGAAGACUGAGAAAUAUUUCUGAAAAGAGUAAUAUUGAGCUCAAAUAUACAAAACUGUGAUUUAAUCAACAAAAAGCUCUAUGCGUAUUUUGGGUAAAGCUGACUUUUUUUUUUUUACGCAAAUUGUGCACUGCUAGGAAAUCAGAUGAUUACUACCAUUAGGGAGUUGAAGUCUGAUUACCCCAACCCCUGCCUGCUUAUCCCUCCAUCUCUAAAUGAGUUCAUCGUUUUGUUUUUUUUUUUUUUAAUUUUUGUCUGGCUUUAGAAUAAAUACACUAUGUGAGCAAUAUUUAUUCUAAAUGAGGCAUCACAAAGUUAAACAUAACUCCCCCUUUCCUGCCACGGUUAAGCUUAUGAACCAGGUUUUCAUUUCUGUAUUUCCUGUUUUUUAAUAAACUGGGUUCCUUUAGAGGAUUAAAAACAAGCAGGUCAAGAUAGUAAGUCAGGUUCUUCUGCAGGUCUUUUCCCCCUUCAGCACCCCUACCCUCUCCCCUUCCUGGGGAACAGGGAAGAUGGUUAGAGGCCAUUGUGGGACUGGGAGUGGUGACAAGGCUGCUGUAAAAAUACAGAAAUACUGCAACUGUUGGUCUCAAUGCUAUCAAUAAAAAAUCUUU